AUGGAUAACAUGCAGCCGCUGUGCCUCGUCUUCCUCUUCCUCUGCUCCACCCUGUUGCUGCAGUGGUCGCAGGGAUCUCACCCCCACGACCGUUCGGCCCUUCUCGCCUUCAAGGCCGGCAUCACCGCCGACCCCUCCGGCCUCCUCCGCUCCUGGGACUCGGCCACGGACUGUUGCUCCGCGUGGGACGGCGUGGCCUGCAACGCUGCCACUCGCCGCGUCGUCAACGUCUCCCGCCCUGGCCUCUCCUCGGGGCCCGACUUCAUCUCCGACGCCUCCAUUGCCGGGAGGCUCUCGCCUGCCCUCGGCGACCUCUUCUCCCUCCGGUUGCUCGAUCUCAGCAACCUCAAGCAGCUCGCCGGCCCCAUUCCACCCGCCCUCGGCCGCCUCUCGAACACCUCCUCCUCGACUCCAACCAACUCACCGGUUGCAUCCCCUCCGCGUUCGCAAACCUCACCCGACUAUUAA